UCCAGACGGGAGACACCACUUUGUCACGGGGGUGGGGGAAGGAAGGGGGUGCUUGGCAGAAGCAGAAAACUGGAUUGUUAGAGCCACCACGAAUUGCUGGAGGUGGGAAAGAGUCGGAGGCUCCAUGCCUGGCGCCUAGAACUACAUGGAUGAGUGGCCUCGGGAAAGCAGCAGAAGCUGAAUUUCUUCUGAGUUCAUCUGAGGCUUGGGUGACUUUGGGCCUAUCACCAAGAGACUGUGAAUUCUAGUCCCGCCUUAAGCAUGAAAGUCAGUUGGGUGACAUUGGGCCAGUUACACUCUAUCAGUCCAACUGACCACACAUACAUUCUAAUGAGGGGAAAAUAGGAAGAAAAUGCAACAUUGGGUAUGCUCGUUGCUUUGAGUUAUUUAUAAAAAUAAUAAAGAACUUCCAGGCCACACAAUUGUGCUCCUUCAAGAAAAGAUCAUCUUUUUAACCUCCGUGCCUAACUCAUCAUCAUGCGGUUUCUGCUGGGGCUCUUCUUCUUCUCCAUCCUCCUGACUGCAGGUAGUUCCUUGAAGUGUGAAUUUUGUGCAUCAACUACUUCAAAUUGUUCUGGUCCAGAAGUAAUAUGUUCUAAGAAGAACAGUGUCUGCAUGACUGUGAUAACUGAAAUUAUCACAAAGAAGAAAAUUCCUGCCAGCAUGAAACGUUGCAGCAGUGUAGAUGAUUGCAAGCAUUAUGAAGGUCUAAAAGGGAAGCUUAUAUCUGGCCAGCCACUCAACAUAACAGAUAAUUUAGGUGGCCUUCUAAUUGGAUCUGUCAUUAAAGACGUUAUCUGCAGCGAAGUCCUUUCCUCCUUUGCUUCUCAGCAUUCCUUGGGCUUCUUCUCAGCAUUCCUUGGGCUCCUCCUGAUGAAGCUUCUCUUCUAAAGCUCUUCCUUCCACCCAAGAAAUUGUCUCCUUUUCUUGGCCAGUAUGUCCUCUCCAGCUGAUCAGGCGGGAUCUUGGAUGUUACGCGUAUGUGUCUAAAUUUUCCCAAAUGGAAACCAGUUAAGCCAUCAGAAAUACAAUCAGCCGCCUUGAAUGCAUGUUUGAAGAAA